AUGAGUCCUCCUAACUACAACGGCCAGCCAUCCAAAGCUCGGGCCGGCGUUCAGGGUUUGAGGCGAUCUACGGCCAACACGACGGACAGGGCUUUGUUGGCGGCGUCUGUCACAUUGUGGCUAUCGCAAGGCGGAUUCGGCCUGGGUGGAGGCCACUCGAUCCUCUCCAACAGCCACGGAACGGGGUCCGAUAACGUGCUGGAGUGGGAAGUGGUCACCAUGGACGGGAGACAUCUGCCAGAGCAGAAUUCUAACCUCUACUGGGCCCCCAGCGGUAGUGGUCCGGGCACCUUUACUGUUGUACUCUCCAUGACAGCCCGGCUGCAUGCAGAUGGCAUCAUUGGCGGGGCUAAUCUGCGAUGUAAUUGGGAGUUUUAUCCAUUUACCUAAACUAAAC